GCAACAUCACUCAGGACACGCGUGGACUCCCAACAUCGUGACUUUGGGACUCGAAGAAGCUUUGUUGCAGCACACUGUGGCAUGUCACAUGACACGUGACACGUGACACCAGCUGUGGGUUCCUGAAGUAACGUCCCUGCACCAUGAGAACCGCCGAGGCGGGCCCCACCACGGUCCUGCACCGCCUCAUCCAGGAGCAGCUGCGCUGGGGGAAGCUGACGGACACUCGGGCGCUGCUGGCCAUCCAGCAGCAGGCCCUGCGCGGAGGAGGACGCCCCGGUGUCGGAGGCGGCGUCACAGGAAGUCCUGGUCGCUCUGCGGAGAAGCUGAGCCGGGAGGACACGCAGGGGUCCACCAGGCAGGACCCUCAAGGCCAGGAGCACCAGGACAGCUGCGUACAGCCGGAAAAGACCCUUAGGAACUCCUUCCAGCUGGGUGGAGAGGAGCUUCCUAGCUAUGAGGAGGCCCAGCACCUCAUGUCCCACGAGGAGGACGUGACGUGUGGAGGAGGACACCUGAUGUCCCACGAGGAGGACGUGACGUGUGGAGGAGGACACCUGGACGCCAAGCUGGAGCACAGUCGCUCCCUCAGCGAGCGCCUGAUGCUCUUGUCUCUGGAGAGGAGCACUCAGAGGAACCUUUGGGCCCUCAGCUCCUCACACAGUUCUCCUCAGCUGUGCAGCAGUCAAGGAGCCCCAGAGGACCCCAGAGGACCACCGCCAGGAUACCACCCGGAGGCUCCUCCCCUCUUCCCAGAGGCUCCUCCCCCCUCGCAGCCUCAGCACAGGAAGGCUGGCGUUGCCAUGACGACGGCGUCCAGCGACGUGCUGCUGAUGGAGAACAGGAGGCUGAGGCAGGAAGUGGAAAUGUACGCAGAGAAGGUGGCGCGCCUGGACAAGAUGGAGGAGGAGAUGGAGAAUGUCUCUCAGGCGCACCAGACCUUGAUGAAGGACUCGGUCAAGCGCCAAGACCUGGAGAAGACGAUGAGGAAGAAGCUGGAGGCGGAGAUGAAGAGGAUGCACGACUUCAACCGCGACCUAAGAGAACAACUGUGGGCGGCGACCAAGCAGCGAGCGGUCAAGGAGGAGGAACACUCGGACCACAAGCAGCACGUCUUCCUGAAGCUGCUGGAACAAAACGAGCAGCAGCGGCAGGAGAAGGAGCUCCUGGAGAAGAAGGUCCAGCACCUGCGUCUCUCGGCCGAGGACAGCCGGCGAGCACGUGAGCUCCUGGAGGAGGCGCUGCUGGUGUCGCACGCUCGCAACCGGCUGCUGGGGGAGGAGCUUCAGAGGAAGCGCGCCUACGUGGAGAAGGUGGAGCGCCUGCAGGGCUCGCUGGCCCAGCUGCAGGCGGCGUGCCAGAAGCGGGAGGCGCUGGAGCUGCGCCUGCGCACCAGGCUGGAGCAGGAGCUGAGGAGCGUGCGGGCGCAACAGAAGCGGACCUCGGGCCUGCAGGCUACAGAGCCAGAGUCCUGCUUGUGGCAGCAGCAGCUGAGGGAGCGAGAGCAGCACAUCCUGGUCCUGGAGGAUGACAUCACCAGGCGGGAGCACAAGUACCUGCAAGAGAGUACCAUGAGGUACUUUGCUGUGGACGCUGCGGCACACAGAGACACCAGCAUCAUCAACAAGUCGCCUCCACAUUCUCCUGACAGCAGCUUUAACGUGGACCUGCCUGUCACCUGUCCACCACAGCAGGAAGUGGAGAACAGGAUGCGAGCCCUGCACGUCCAGCUCCUGGAGAAGGACUCCAUGAUCCGGGUCCUGCAGCAGCGCUCCAGACGGGACCAAGGAGUCCUCAGGCCGGCCCGCUCCGUCCCGUCCAUCUCCACGGCAGGCGCCGCCACCACCAAGACCAAAGGAAAAAGUCUCUCAGAUGACCAGACAGGUGGCGCCGGGCUGCAGCACAGGAGCCCACGCCGGGACUCCGGCACCCAAUGUGACGUGGCCCCCCCGCUGGAGACAGCACCCACAGGGGAAAUGACGAGCACGGGCAGAAGGGACGAGGACAUGGUGGACAUGGAGGAUAUGGAGGACAUGGUGGACAUGGAGGAUAUGGUGGAGAUCCUCAUCUGAAGAAGGCUCAAAAUGGCAGAGAAGCCUGAAGGACUGUGAGACCUUAGAACACGUGUGUCUUAUUUAUUUCUAAUGUGCUGCUCGUCUUUUUUAAGCUCCAACAUUCUGUGUUUUAUUGCCUUUUUAUUUAAAUGAAGCGUCUCUUCUGUGUAACAGAGCGCCAUCUUUUUAUCUAACUUAUUAUUUAUCUUGUCUGUCCAAAGUCCGCUUAGUCCUCCUCCCAAAGACCCUCAAUAAUGUCCUUCUGGCGCCGCCGUCUCGUCGCCCUGUCACGCAAAUGUCCCACGUUUGCCGCCGCUGUGCGUCAAAAAACCUAACGUGACCAAAAAAAAGAAAAAAAAAAAGAAAGAAAAAAAAGUGUCCAUAAUGUGAGCUCGCACGAGUGCUGCCGGCACUUGGGAGCUACGGUUCACUGAGGGAGAGAUAACUCCCGUCAUGACAUUGUGACGCAGAGACAAGAUGACGACGCCUAUGUUAAAAAUAUUUUUUUUUUAAACUAAUAAAAACACCCAUCUGAUAGUCACAAGAUAGUUGCACGAGUGCUGCCGGCACAAGGGAGCUACGGUUCACUGAGGGAGAGAUAACUCCCGUCAUGACAUUGUGACGCAGAGACAAGAUGACGACGCCUAUGUUAAAAAUAUUUUUUUUUUAAACUAAUAAAAACACCCAUCUGAUAGUCACAAGAUAGUUGCACGAGUGCUGCCGGCACAAGGGAGCUACGGUUCACUGAGGGAGAGAUAACUCCCGUCAUGACAUUGUGACGCAGAGACAAGAUGACGACGCCUAUGUUAAAAAAAAAAAAUUUUUAAACUAGGAAAAACACCCAUCUGAUAGUCACAAGAUAGUUGCACGAGUGCUGCCGGCACAAGGGAGCUGCGGUUCACUGAGGGAGAGAUAACUCCCGUCAUGACAUUGUGACGCAGAGACAAGAUGACGACGCCUAUGUUAAAAAAAAAAAUUUUUUAAACUAGGAAAAACACCCAUCUGAUAGUCACAAGAUAGUUGCACGAGUCCUGCCGGCACAAGGGAGCUGCGGUUCACUGAGGGAAAGAUAACUCCCAUCAUGACAUUGUGACGCAGAGACAAGAUGACGACGCCUAUGUUCAAAACAACAAACAAACCUAGGAAAAACACCCAUCUGAUAGUCGCAGGAUGGUUGCACGAGUGCUGCCGGCACUAGGGAGCUGCGGUUCACUGAAAGAGAGAUACAGCUCAUCAUGACAUUGUGACACAGAGACAAAAUGACGCUUAUGUUAAAAAAAAAAAAAACUUAGGAAAAAAACCCAUCUGAUAGUCACAAGAUGGUUGCAGGAGUGCUGCCGGCACAAGGGAGCUGCGGUUCACUGAGGGAAAGAUAACUCCCGUCAUGACAUUGUGACGCAGAGACAAGAUGACGACGCCUAUGUUCAAAACAACAAACAAACCUAGGAAAAACACCCAUCUGAUAGUCACAGGAUGGUUGAACGAGUGCUGCCAGCACUAGGGAGCUGCGGUUCACUGAAAGAGAGAUACAGCUCAUCAUGACAUUGUGACAGGGACAAAAUGAAGAUGCCUAUGUUAAAAAAAAAAAAACUUAGGAAAAACACCCAUCUGAUAGUCACAAGAUGGUUGCAGGAGUGCUGCCGGCACUAGGGAGCAGCGGUUCAAUGGGGGAAAGAUGAAUCCCGUCAUGACAUUGUGACACAGAGACAAGAUGACGACGCCAAUGUUAAAAAAAAAAAAAAAACUUAGGAAAAACACCCGUCUGAUAGUCACAAGAUGGUUGCACGAGUGCUGCCGGCACUAGGGAGCUGCGGUUCACUGAGGGAAAGUUGAAAUCCAUCAUGAUAUUAAACAAACCAACUUAAGAUGAUUAAAAAAAAAAUAAUAUAUAAUCUGACACUAGCAGGAUAAUUGCACGAGUGCUGCCGGAACUAGGGAGCUGUGGUUCACUGAGGGAAAGUUGAAAUCCACCAUGACAUUAAACAAACAAACAAAUUUCAGAUAAUUAAAAAAACUAAUAGAUAAUCUGACACGAGCAGGAUAAUUGCACGAGUGCUGCCGGCACUGGGGAGCUGCGGUUCACUGAGGGAAAGUUGAAACCCAUCAUGACAUUAAACAAACAAACAAGUUCAAGAUGAUUGAAAAAACUAUUAUAUAAUCUGACAGUAGCAGGAUAAUAGCACGAGUGCUGCCGGCACUAGGGAGCUGUGGUUCACUGAGGGAAAGUUGAAACCCAUCAUGACAUUAAACAAACAAACAAGUUUAAGAUGAUUGAAAAAACUAAUAUAUAAUCUGACAGUAGCAGGAUAAUAGCACGAGUGCUGCCGGCACCAGGGAGCUGCGGUUCACUGAGGGAAAGUUGAAAUCCAUCAUGACAUUAAACAAACAAAUUUAAGAUGAUUAAAAAAACUAACAUAUAAUCUGACAGUAGCAACAUAAUUGCAUGGGUGCUGCCGGCACUUGGGAGCUACGGUUCACUGAGGGAAACAAACAUGACAGUAAACAAACAAACAAAUUUAAGAUGAUUGAAAAAACUAACAUAUAAUCUGACACGAGCAGGAUAAUUGCACGAGUGCUAGGGAGCUGUGGUUCACUGAGGGAAAGUUGAAAUCCAUCAUGACAUUAAACAAACAAACUUCAGAUAAUUAAAAAAACUAACAUGUAAUCUGACAGCAGCAAGAUAAUUACACGAGUGCUGCCAGCACUAGACAUCUGUGGUUCACUGAGGGAAAGUUGAAAUCCAUCAUGACAUUAAACAAACAAACUUAAGAUGAUUAAAAAAAUAAUAAUAUAUAAUCUGACACUAGCAGGAUAAUUGCACGAGUGCUGCCGGAACUAGGGAGCUGUGGUUCACUGAGGGAAAGUUGAAAUCCAUCAUGACAUUAAACAAACAAAACAAACUUCAGAUAAUUAAAAAAAACUAAUAUAUAAUCUGACACGAGCAGGAUAAUUGCACGAGUGCUGCCGGCACUGGGGAGCUGCGGUUCACUGAGGGAAAGUUGAAACCCAUCAUGACAUUAAACAAACAAACAAGUUUAAGAUGAUUGAAAAAACUAAUACAUAAUCUGACAGUAGCAGGAUAAUAGCACGAGUGCUGCCGGCACUAGGGAGCUGUGGUUCACUGAGGGGAAAGUUGAAACCCAUCAUAACAUUAAACAAACAAACAAGUUUAAGAUGAUUGAAAAAACUAAUAUAUAAUCUGACAGUAGCAGGAUAAUAGCACGAGUGCUGCCGGCACCAGGGAGCUGCGGUUCACUGAGGGAAAGUUGAAAUCCAUCAUGACAUUAAACAAACAAAUUUAACAUGAUUAAAAAAACUAACAUAUAAUCUGACAGUAGCAACGUAAUUGCAUGAGUGCUGCCGGCACUUGGGAGCUACGGUUCACUGAGGGAAACAAACAUGACAGUAAACAAACAAACAAAUUUAAGAUGAUUGAAAAAACUAAUAUAUAAUCUGUCACGAGCAGGAUAAUUGCACGAGUGCUAGGGAGCUGUGGUUCACUGAGGGAAAGUUGAAAUCCAUCAUGACAUUAAACAACAACAAAAAAAACUUAAGAUGAUUAAAACGUUAAAAAUGGCUCGCAUUCUCCGCGCGUCUCCCCUCUCGGGAUCGGACCCGUGGCGGCUGGUUCCGCCACCGGCGUGUACCAUUGGAGUCUUCGCCGUGGAAGGAGAGGAACGGCCAAACGGACUUCUUUAUUUUUAUUUGAUUGUACAUUUUAUUGCAUCUCAACACACACACACACACACACACACACACACACACACACACACACACACACACACACACACACACACACACACACACACACACACACACACACACACACACACACACACACACACACACACACACACGCACACACACACACACACACAUUUUGGUGUCAACUUGUGAUGAAGUCAUGUGUUCCUCCAAGAGAUUAAAGUAUUAAUAUAUGUCCAUCA